AAAAGUUGUUUUGCUUUAUAUUUUUUUGUUUGACUCGCAAUUAAAUAUUAUUUAUAAUUAAUUUUUAAAAGAUGUUUUGGAAGCGAAAUAUUGAUUCAACUAAACGGGCAGUACUUAUAACAGGCUGUGAUUCAGGUUUUGGUAAUCGUCUGGCCUUACGGUUGAAUGACAUCGGGUUCUACACAUACGCCGCAGUCCUGAGCGCCGACAGUCCCGGUGCCCAAGACUUGAGCACAAAAUGCAAACACGCGGACAGUAUGUAUGUACUGGAAAUGGAUGUCACGCGGGACGACCAAAUCGACCGGUGCUUCGAACAGAUUAAGGUAGACCUAAACGUUAAAGGCUACGAGUUGUGGGCAGUGGUGAACAACGCCGGUAUCGUAAGCUAUGGUAACCUGGAGUGGGGCUCAAUGGAGGAGUACAUCAAACUGUUUGACGUCAAUGUGUUUGGUGUGGUUCGGGUCACCAGGAAAUUCAUACCACUGUUGAGACAGUCGAGGGGUCGCAUAGUAUUGACGGCGAGCCUCGGGGGCCGACUGUCGGCCGACUUGUUGUCCGCCUAUUGUAUGACAAAAGCGGCGGUCAUAUCAUUCUCGGACGCCUUACGCCGGGAAAUGCAUAAAUUCAAGAUACAGGUGACCACUAUAGAGCCCGGGGUGUUCAAGACUGGCAUGUAUUAUACGGUCGUCGAUAUAUUGCAGAGGAACUGGAGUCAAACGGAUGAAAGUGUGCGACAAAUAUACGGAGAAAACUAUUUCAAUGAACUCAUCAAACGCUACUCAAAAGGCAAUAGUCAUGGGGUGGGAGCUGAUGCCGGCGCCGAUAUCGACAAAGUAGUCAACGAUAUGGUAGAUGCGGUCAUCAGUAGGCGUCCCAACCGGUACUACCGGCCCGUCAAUGGACUCCUACCCUCAUUAGCCGCUAGGUUUGUGUCGAUUAUACCGCAGUUUUUCAUUGACAGGUAUUUCUAUGCAACCGAU